AACACAGAAACCUGAGAUACUCUAACCACUCAACUGUGCUCAGAGGACAUGUAAGUAGUAGUUCCCAGGAAAAUAAUUUUCUGAAGAAAAACAUACAAACUUGAAAGAGCUAAAUGACAGCUGCUACUAACCACAUUGAAAUUGAUGUCCCAGUGACAUAAUCACAUAAAGCAGGGAUUUGUCUCUCUUGGUUUACAGUUAACACUCUCUUCACAAUCCUCUCAAACAGAACCAAUGCAAAGAUGCCACAAAACUGUCAUGCCAUUUCAACUCCUAAUGCAAAGAAAAAAUGAAACUCCACUAUUCACUGGAGCCACUGAAUCCAUACAAAACCUUAUCCAGCCCAUAUUUUGUCUCCCACAGCAACACACUGAGAAAUCUGGAAUACAUCAUUGCACCUGCAAAGUAAACUUUACAGAUUUUAGUAACCUUUUUUUUUUUUUAAAUUCUGCAGAGAGCUUAAGUUUUCCAUUUUUUGCAGUUUGACUUUUCUAAAUAUUUCUGGAGGAAAGGCUCAAAUACAUAAACAGAUGUCUAAUGAAGUCUUGAGUUUUACUGAGGCUAGAAGUCUGAGGAAGACAUUGCAUCUGGCAGGUCCCCAAACUGCUUGGGAAGUUCAGCCUCAGGCUGAAAGCUGUAUUUUCAUUCUUUUCUAGUAAGUAGCUCCUUGCAAUCAUGCAACUUCUUUAUGAAUACCACUCUGUUGAACAUACAAUGAAGAUACAGCUUCUCAAAUUUCAUCACGUAGCAGCCACUGCUGGAUAGUCAUUUGUUUAAUAUCUUGGCAUGGUGAUAAUACACAUCUGAUUAGAAAAGAACACCACAGUAUAAAGUAACUUGAAAUAUUUAGCUGGAAGAACUUUUUUAAGUCUCAGGCUAUCACAAAAGACAAUCUGACCAAGAACCAGAAGCACAACCAUAACUAUAUUUUUUUGGGCUCAUGGGUGUUUUGAUCAGUCAGGAGGAACUUGAGAUUUUUUUCAAGUUGUAGAGAAUCAUUGUCAGGAACUAUUACAAUUCAAUGGAAAACAUAUUCUGCUUUACUGACUAUUACUGAAUCACUCAGGUUGUUCUGCCUACAGAUUUGGGUCCUGUAAGUCCCUCUGGCAUGACCAGAGUCAGAGGCACUGUAGGUUACUAAAAAUUUGAUCUAGACAUAGGAAUCCAGAUUUCCAAAGGUACUGAAAAUGGUGUUCCCACAGAAACCAGCAGUAACCAGCCAUAUGCAUUGACAGUACUGCUCCUUUUUUCUCCUUAGAAUUCACCACUGAGAAACUUUAAAAUAUGGUAGAUAAUCUCUCAAAAUAUUACUAAACUACAACUUGGCUAUGAAAAGCUACAAAACAUUCAGGUACAUUUUUUCACAAGACUGACAUAAUUUGACUGUGCUGUAUUUUGAGACAUUGUGAUGAUCAUUACUUAAAUGUUUAGGGGGAAUAAAAAGCACAGAUUAGCUGAAUUAUAUCUAUGUUGUGAUUCCUACUCACUAGGAAAAGGAAAAUUCACCCUGGGGUGAGGGGUGGUGGUGUUUUAUUUUCCAUUUUGAUUGUUGCUAAGACCAACAGAUGCACAGUAUACCAGACUGAUAUUUAGGUGGAGCUGUAAGACAUUCUGAAACAUUGGUCAUGCAUCUUACAGCAUAUAAUGAGAUGCUACUUUGAAAAGUAAUGUAAAACACUGUUAUUUCACUGUGAUUUUACUUUAUAGAAGUGGCCUAAUCUACUCAGAGAUUAGUGAUUAGCAAACUGUGAAAUUGCUGCAUGGUAAAUGUACACUGGGCUACCUGGAACCACUGUCAGGGCACAAUAAUGACCUUCUUAAGGUAACCCAGUACAGCCAGCACAGCAUAAAUUUGUAACUAGUACCAGCUGCUACCUUCAAGGAGAAUGGUAUACAACAAUGAGCAAGAACAUGUUUGUACCUAGAUGAAGUCUCUUAGUUCCCAAACAGACACAUCCUUUAUGUUUGUAAACACUUUGGUUAUAUUAAAGGAAACUUUUUUAUCACAAAAAGCUAUUAUCCCACUUCCAGACACAGUUUGCUUAAGAAACAGCAGUAAGAUAUUAAAUGCUGUGCUCUGUCUGCAGAAAUAGAAUGAAGGAGCAAGCAGCAUAACCUUUCUGAAAGCUUUGACAAGUUCUUUGAAGGCAAGACUAAGAACAUUUGCUAUUUCCCUUGACUUGAAAUCUUGCUUCAGCAGAUCAUAUACUUUUUCUGUUACAUUUCUCAACUCGUAAAAUACCUGCAUCUGUUUCUGGUAGUUGCUAGUGCUCUGCAAUUAGAGGAAGAAAAUCUAACGUGGAUAAAACAAAAAGCACGACUUACUGUUUUGGAGGCUAGAGCUCUUAAAAUCAUUUAGAAACUCAGACAGUUUUUUACUAACUGGUAAGACUCAGCUUUUUAAACAAUCAAAAGCUUUACAUUUUUGAUUUACAGGUUAUUCUGUCUUUUCCAACAAUUUGUCCUACUUUAUCAGCACAUACUCAAAACUCUCCUUGGAAAGGAAAUUGUUUCAUGUCAUAAAACUCACCACUAAAAUUUAAACUUUUGUCCUAUACUUACAUUUUCUGGUCUUAAUUUAAAGACCCACUUAGCAGACUUACACGUCUAUCUCCAGUGCCAAAAAACUAUAAAUACAAGCCCUUCCUGCAAUUUUAUCAGUUUUUUCAUGACUUGACUGUCAGAAAAAGAAGUUCAAAGAGCAGAAACUUAACAAGAAAUGCUGGUGUUAUCAAAACAUUGGGAGUUUUCCAUCAGCGUUCGAAGGCACUGCGGUUCUGGGCCGCUAUCUGAUUUCCGCCAGAAAUCCCCCCGCUGUCCCCAGUCUCUCCUCGGCCGCGUACGGCGGUGUCACCGCGCUGCCGGGGGAAGCGCCGCUCAGAGCGCAGAGCCAGCGGCAAGCCGGGCUCUUGCACAACCCCCAGCGCCUGCCGCUCCCCAGGCAGCCGCCCCCAGCCCCCGCCCAGGCGCCGCUCACGCGGAGAGCCCCGCGGGCAGCGCCGGGGCUGCGGAGCCACAGCGCGCCCGGCGAGCCCGGCGAGCCCGCCCCGCUCCGCGCCGCGAUGCCGAGCUUCCUGAAGUGGCUGCUGGGGAUCCUGGGGGUCGCCGUGGUUGUCGUGGUCAUCACCGUGCCCCUGGUGCUGCUCACCCGCGAAGAGACCUCUUCAGGAAAAACAUACACACUACAGAAUUACUUGAACAAUGACUAUAAGUACAAAACACAUAAUUUGGAGUGGAUUUCAGGAAAUGAGUAUCUUCACAAAACAGAUAAUGGGGACAUCGUGUGUAUCAGUGCUGACAACGGAACAUCCUCAGUAAUCCUGGCAAAUACAACAUUAGAUAAGUACCAGGCAAGCACUGUUGCAUUGUCUCCUGACCAACAGUUUGCUCUUCUGCAAUACAGCUAUACAAAGUUGUGGAGGCAUUCCUUUACAGCUUCAUAUCACAUCUAUAAUUUCAGUAGCAGUUCUAUCUUAGAUGAUGGACUACUACCUAAUGAUAUACAGUAUAUAUCCUGGUCACCUGUUGGUCAUAAACUGGCAUAUGUUUGGAAUAAUAAUGUUUAUGUAAAAGCUUCACCAACAGCAGAAGCUGUGCAAAUCACUAAAAAUGGAGAAGAAAAUAAAAUUUUCAAUGGAAUUCCAGACUGGGUUUAUGAAGAGGAAAUGUUUGGCACCCAUUCUGCUCUGUGGUGGUCUCCAAAUGGCAAUUUUUUGGCAUAUGCAUCCUUUAAUGAUUCAGAAGUCCCUGUUAUAGAAUAUUCCUUUUAUUCUGAAGACACCUUGCAGUAUCCAAAGACCAUUAAAAUCCCAUAUCCCAAGGCAGGAGCUACAAAUCCAACUGUACAAUUUUUUAUUGUGGAUACCACAUCACUUCCAGCUUCCAGCCCUGUUGAAAUUUUUCCACCCGCAGAAAUAGAAUCAAGCGAUCAUUAUUUGAGUGUUGUAACAUGGGUGACAGAUGAAAGGAUUUGUCUGCAGUGGCUCAGAAGAAUUCAGAAUUUUUCAGUCCUCACAAUCUGUGACUUUGAAAAUGCUACUUGGUCAUGUCCAAAGGAAAAACAAUUUACUGAAGAAAGUACAACUGGCUGGAUUGGCAGAUUUCAGCCAUCUGUCCCUCACUUUGCACCCGACAAUGCUUCCUACUACAAAGUCUUCAGCGACACAGCAGGUUACAAGCACAUCCAUUACAUAAAUGGCUCACAGGUUCCAAUAGCUAUUACUUCAGGAGAUUGGGAAGUAAUCAGCAUAGAAGCUGUAACCAAUAAAUUUUUGUACUACAUCAGUAAUGAAAAUAAUAAAAUGCCAGGAGGAAGAAAUCUUUAUAAAGUGCUCUUGGAAAGCAAUCCAAAAUUUACUAAAUGUGUUAGCUGUAAUCUGGAUGAAAAAAGAUGCCAGUAUUAUUCUGUGUCCUUCAGCAAAGACACAGAGUAUUAUCAGCUAAAUUGUCUUGGUCCUGGCCUGCCCAUGUCUACCCUGCACAGAAGCAGUGAUGAUAAAGUCCUCAGAUACUUGGAAAAUAACACUGAACUGGAAAAUUCAUUGAAAGAUAUUCAGAUGCCUUCAAAAAAAUUUGGUUCCUUUAAAAUAGGUGGAUUCGACCUGUGGUAUCAAAUGAUUCUGCCUCCCCAUUUUGAUGAAUCAAAGAAGCAUCCUCUGCUCCUUGAUGUGUAUGCAGGACCUUGUAGUCAGAAAGUAGACCAAGCCUUCCGGAUCAGCUGGGCGACGUACCUGGCGAGCACGGAGCGCGUCAUCGUGGCCAGCUUCGACGGCAGGGGCAGCGGCUACCAGGGCGAUCCAAUCAUGCACGCGAUAAACCGAAGGCUGGGAACCUUUGAAGUGGAAGAUCAGAUCACAGCAGCCAGAAAAUUUUCUGAAAUGAGCUUUGUUGAUAAGGACAGAAUAGCUAUUUGGGGUUGGUCUUAUGGGGGAUAUGUGACCUCCAUGGUGCUUGGCUCUGGAAGCGGCGUGUUCAAGUGUGGAAUAGCGGUUGCCCCCGUGUCACGCUGGCAAUAUUAUGAUUCAAUAUACACAGAGCGAUACAUGGGCCUUCCUACAGAAAAUGAUAAUCUGAAGAACUAUAAUAGUUCAACAGUAAUGGCCAGAGCUGAAAAAUUCAAGGAAGUUGAAUAUCUCCUUAUUCAUGGAACAGCAGAUGAUAAUGUUCACUUUCAGCAAGCAGCACAGAUUUCCAAAGCUCUUGUUGAUGCUGAAGUGGAUUUUCAGGCAAUGUGGUACACUGACAAAGACCAUUCCAUCUCCGGUCAAGCACAUAAGCAUAUUUAUACCCACAUGAGCCACUUCAUAAAGCAGUGUUUCUCACUGCACUAGCACCAGCAUUUUGCUUGUUAGGAUGGUACUUCUCCAGAAAACUCUCACAAUGAUGUACUCUGAGCCAGUAUAAAUCAAGAUGAGAUAAGAGUCAGCUCUUGGGAUACCGGUGUACACAAUGAAAUGCUAAUCUUUGUAAUGAUUCCUGUUGCCAAGCAACUAUUGCAUUUUUAUUGAUUGUGUUUAAUUGGGUCUUAACAUCACCAGAAUGAUGUUGCAGACUUCUAGGAAGCAUGGUACUUGCUUGAGUAAUUACCUUUUGAUAUUUCAGUCUAAAAGAGGAACAAUCCACUUUGUAUACUGGAGAAAGGAAUGACAAAAAUGUCACAUGGCAAUCAGUCACAGAAUAAAAAUAUAAUAAUGUUUCCAUCAAAAAUGAAAUUAACCCUGGGGUAAUUUCUGUGAAAUUAAUGAAGAGACGUUUUUGCAGAAAUUCAUAAGGCUUGAUAAUUAUUAUUUUAGAUUGGGUAUCAGGAAUACUGCAAUGUUAAUAUGUGCAGAAUGAAAUAAUUUAUACGGCAGUUCCUGAAGUGAGUGUGUUUGCUCUGCAAUCCCUUGUAUUACAGUUGUAGAACUCUUGCAAGGCAAGCACAUAACCAGCUUUCACCAAAGAUUUUGAAAGAUAUCUAAUCAAACCAGUGGCACUGAAUUUCUUUGUGUGCUAUCAUAUAGUACUGUGAUUUUUGCUUAUUUUAUAGUGAAAACAGCUGCUACACUGGGAAUCUGCACUGCAAAAUCUCUGGGAACAAGAGCCCCAUUUUUUUAAUGUAGAAGUUGCUCAUGUACUGAUGAAUAGGAACUAGUUCUUACACUGAAUCGUAAAACAUGACAAUGUGAACUAGCCGCCACUUACAGCAAGGGCUGGACUGUCACUCUCCUGUGAACAUACUCUUUGGCAAAACCUUACAGCCUAGCAAUAAAUAUCUGCUUUCUUUACAGCACUCCAGGUAGGCUUCUCCAUCUAAUCUGAGGAAUAAUUUUCUUAAUUUCACAUAGAAAAAAUGCAAUCCACUUGUACUAAAAAUUGUGCUGCUUUAAAAUAAUAAAGACAAUAAUUUAUGAAA